GGGUGCUCUGGUGGGAUGAGGGCAGUGCUAGGCCAUGGCAGGGUGUUCCCUGUGCUCCCUCUGCCCUCACUGACCCCUYCUGUCCCUGCAGUGCUCAAGAAGCGCCUGGUGAAGCUCGUGGUGAACUUUCUYUUCUACUUCCGGACAGAUGAGGCCGAGCCCAUUGGAGCUCUGCUGCUGGAGCACUGCAGGAUCACCAAAGAGGAGGAGAACGUCUUCUCCAUCAGUUUCAUCGAGGAGCCAGAGAGGAAAUAUUGCUUCGAGUGUGCCACGGAGGAGCAGUGCCAGGAGUGGGUGGAGGCCCUCAAGAGAGCCAGCUACGAGUUCCUGAGGAGGAGCCUGAUCUUCUACCGCAACGAGAUCCAGAAGAUGACGGGGAAGGAUCCCCUGGAGCAGUAUGGAAUCUCGGAGGAAGCUCGUUUCCAGCUGGGAGCACCCAGGCACUGACCAGUGACCCUCACCUGGCCUGAGCUGCCCCCUGCUCACCCCACCCCUGGAAGGACAGCAGCUCCCCACAGUGACCACGUGACUUUUUUAUUUAUUACCCAAAUGGUUUUGUAUGAUUUUUUWWAWUUUUUUUAAGGAAAUUCUUUGCACAUUCCCAGUUCCCCUGGGCUGGGGAGGCUGAGCUGCUCCGUGGGUGCUACAGAGGGAGCAGCAGAGGGACUGACAGAGCUCCCAGCACCUGCUGGGGCCACCCUGAGCCAGCUCCAGCCCAUGCCCUGCUUGUCCCUGUCCCUGUCCUGGGGGAGCUGAGUGGCUCAGGCUCCUCCGGAAGCCACCCCGGAUGUGACCGAGGCAUUUCUGGGCUCCAGGGUUAACCCCUUCCUGCCUCUCCUGCUCGUGGGGARUUCCUCCAGCUCAGCCACAGCUGCACUCAUGGAGAGGGGCAUCCCUGUGCCAGGGGCCAGCUCUGUGCAGCUUCUGCUUUUUGGGGUGUUCUCUCCCCUCUCCUGGGCAGCUGCUGCAGUUCCUGGGGCUUGGAUGAAGCUCAGCCCUGAAAAUUGUAGCUGAGAACAGAGGGAACAUCCAGGGAACAAAGCUGAGAACACAGGGAACAUCCAGGGAACAAAGCUGAGAACACAGGGAACAAAGCUGAGAACACAGGGAACAUCCCAGAGAAAAAACUGAGAACACAGGUAACAUCCAGGG